CAUUAACGACACCACCGUAACCUCAUCUAAAAAUAAAAUCAAGACUUUCGAAAAUGAUCAAUCUAACUUGAGACUUAGCAAAAAGGGAAAAUAACCUUUCAAAAUCAUGUCUUCAAGACCUGUUGUAUCACCUGAAGCCUUCCAGGCCAUGCAAAAUGUCGACAUCGAUGCCAUUGUGAAGCUAGGAGAGAAUAAACUGAGGGUUUUGUUGCCAUGUCUCGUUCGCAUGUCGCUUUGUGCUCCUUUGGACACCAGCAACAAUUGGGUCCAGGGACGCAAGAAGCUUCUACGGGUUCUCUCCGGCCUGGAAGUCGUCAACUCUAUCGUAGCACUCCUGUCCGUCGACUUCAGUACGCUUGAACAAGAUGCAUUGAAAGAAGCGAAGAUGAGGCAAAAACUUGGAGAUGCUGAAAACCACUUGACCGCUCACAUCCAGCAUGGCUUAGCUUUGGAGUUUGAGAAGAGUGAUUCUGCUAGACGUUUGAGGUUACUCAUCAGUGAAAUCCUAUUUAUAUCUAGUCAGAUUAAAGAACCAACUGAUUUCACCCACCGAGCUUGUGAGCUCUUUGAGAACGAGGUUUACAAGGAAGAAGUAUCUGAUGUACUCUGCAUUGCACAAGCAGAGUUACCCUCCUUGUUACCUGUAAAUAGACUUGCCGAGGUUUUACUGAGAGUAAAGCUUGGACCAACCAUGUUAUGUAGACUGGUAGCUAACGUUCCAGAUAGCUUCUUUCAAGUUUGCAAUGUCUUGAUUAAGAGUGGGGAACGACAAGAUGAGGACAGCAUGGGCGGAAGACGAAGGACUGAGAGCUUAAGACUAUUAGCAGCUAUGAACCCCAGUCAGACACUCAAACUCAGAGCUUUAGCUGUUGAGCAAUGUCGUCUACCUGGUCUAGCAGUAGCUCUAUCCCUAGACCAUGCUAUGAGGAGUAAGGCUGCCGGAGGUCAGGGUGAUAUGGUUAGCUUUUUGAGUGGUCUUCUCCUUGGUAGCAGUUCAACAGUACGGAACUGGUUUGCUCAGUUUGUACGUAGCAGUCAGAAGAUGAAGCAAGAGAAUACCAUGUUACAGUGUCUGAGGGAUCACCUUCUUCAAGAACUCAAAUCAAUCACACCGUCUACAGAACACUUUGGUUACCUGGCUGCCAAGAAUGUGGUACAAGCCAGUGCCUUCAUGAGGCUGUACUGUGCUCUCAAAGGCAUUGCUGGAAUGAAAUUCAGUGAGAUAGAAACCAAGCAGCUAUUACGUCUUCUGACCAGCCACCCUCCUCCCACUGCUGCUGGCAUUAGGUUCAUCUCUAUGGGUCUUUGUAUGCUACUUGCCUGUCCGUUCUUAGUUAGUGGUGAUGAUGAGAAAAUAGUAACACAAUGGAUUAACUGGUUGGUUAAAGAGGGGCCCAGAUUUGAGACGGAGAGUGGUAUAAGUGCUUCUUUCAGUGAGAUGUUACUUCUGAUGGCCAUUCAUUUUCAUGCAAAUCAGAUGCAAGCUAUUGUUGAUUUAGUGUGCACCACUCUUGGAAUGAAGAUUGCUAUGAGAACAAACUCUCUUGCUAAGAUGAGGCUCCUUUUCAUUCAAGAUAUAUUCACAGAACAGGUUGCAGCAGCACAUGCUGUGACUGUAGCAGUCACACCUAAGCUGAGUGCAUCAACAACAGGCUUUCUACCAGUUCACUGUGUAUUUCAUCUACUGAAGAGCAGAGCAUUCACCAAGCACAAUAUCCCAAUCAAAGAUUGGCUGUUCAGACAGAUUUGCAAUGCAACCCCUCCCCUCCAUCCUCUACUCCCCCCUCUCAUUGAAGUGUUUGUGACCUCAGUAGUCAUGCCCACACAGUCUGGCUCCAAGCAUCUACGGAAUGCUCCACUAUCUGAGAGGGAGAUCCUAUCUGUCUUUAAAUCAUCAGCUGUGUCCUUUGUAAGUGGGUCAGAAGUCAUGGAGGUGGAUGAGAAGGCGGAGAUCGGGGAGGAAGAACGAAUGACGGCACAACUUCUCAUGCUCUACUACGUGCUUCUCUAUGAAGACUGUGUGCUGAAUAAUAUGAAACAUCUCAUGAUCAUCAACGAACGUCCCCUGACCUACUCCAAUCAGCUUAUCUCCCAGCUACCCAUCAAGUACCUGGUACGACAUGCCCAAAUCAAUCAGACAGAGUAUGGCUCUCUCUAUCCUACGUUACUACGCUGUGUGUCAACACACUACCCUCAUCUGUGCCUGGUGGAGGAGUGGCUGGCAGAUGAGGUAGAGGAGAGAACAAGACAGAGGAUGAGGAAGAGGAAGAUUGGAGGAAGGAAGAUGAUGAGAGAGAGUUGUACACCAGAUGAGCUCAGGACAGCUUUGGCCACAGUCUUGACAAAUCCUACCCCGGCUGUCCUGAUCUUGGAAUCACUACUUGACCGGGACAAUCCUCAACUCAUGGAAUAUGCAGAUACUCUUGUGGCUAGUCUGUCAGGAUUGCUUGACCCACAGGUCCCUAGGAAGGUGACCAGUAUGGCGGUCAGUCUCUGGCACAAAUUAAACACUGUUAUGCCAAGAAAAUUACAUGUACUGACUGUCAAUGCACUGGUCAAGACAAAACCAGUAACACCAUUCAGUGAGGAAGAUUUGACCCUUGACCCCCUUAUAGUACUAAGGUGUGAUUUGCAGGUAUUCAGGUGUCCACCCAUCCUGGAGAUAGUCCUGCAGACCCUUAGAGCUUACCUAGCAGCAUGUAGAGCAUACCUGUCCUCACAUAUCCUAUCCAACCCCACCGUAGCCAGGGCUAGACCAGACACAAGCAGUCCUACAGCCUUGCCAUCACAGCAGGAGAGGGAAGAACUCAAGGCAGCUCUACUAAUCACACAGGAGAGUGCUGCUAUGCAGAUCUUAUUGGAGAUAUGUUUGCCAUUUGAUAAAGAGAAGGUUGAAGAGAGCCGUCUAUCAUGUCUGAGAGAGAUCCAAUGCCAGGUGUGUUCCUUGUUACAUCAGAUGUUCAUUGCCGACCCAAACUUGGCCAAGCUCAUCCACUUCCAGGGUUAUGCAAGUGAACUCCUUCCAGUGACUGUAGCAGGUAUACCUUCUAUGCAUAUCUGUCUUGAUUUCAUCCCAGAGCUACUGGCACAGCCUGACAUGGCCAAACAGGUGUUUGCGAUUGAAUUGACAUCUCAUCUUUGCCUCCAGUAUGCAUUACCCAAGUCACUUAGUGUAGCAAGAUUAGCCAUCAAUGUAAUGUCAUCGUUAUUAACAGUUCUGACUGGAGAAAGGUGGGCAAUAUUCUACAAGGCAACACUGCCCUCUAUAGUGCGUAUCUGUCGAGCCUUUCCUCCACUGUAUGAAGACAUCACCUCAAUUCUGAUCCAACUAGGAAGAAUGUGUGCAUCUAGGAUAGCUACAGCAGGCAACAGUCCUGAUUAUAUCGGGAGUGAUGCAGAGCUGGCACAGAUGAUGAGCAGGGAAGGACAGAGAGCUAGCGCCCUCAGGAGUAAUGAGAAGAACAGUGACAGGGUGGUGCAGAAAGCAGUAGAAGACACAUUUGCUGAGAUUGUGAGACUUGCCAUACUCCAGAAAGACAGUGAAUGAAAAAAAGACUAUUAUUAGGGUUCGGACAUGAGGUGGUAGGAGGCAUGUUUGUUGAGAUCGUAAGACUUGGCCAUACUCCAGAAAGAAGGUGAAUUAGACAGACCCUAGCAGGUAGAGGGCAGAAUGUAAAAGGUGGUGGCAUGUUUGUUGAGAUUAUCCAUUGAUUCACUGAGAAAGUCAAUAGUCAAAAGAUGAGAGGAGGAAAUCAUUGAUAUUGGUGAUGGUGUUUACCACCAAGAAAUGUAAAGCUUAUUUGUUGGACUUAUCUUUGUUACUCUUCCAAGGACUAUCUAAAAAGAAUGUAAGAAGUUUUACCAGACUUGAUAUUUCCACCUUUUUCUCUGUAAGAAGUUUUUAGCCUGCAAUGGGUACACCAUUCCUAUACCCAGGAACUUCACUGAGGAAGAAGGUGAAUUUCCCUUAAACCAGAGCAUGCAGAGAGAGGAUGGGCACUGUGCACAUGGCAGCUAUAUUUUUCAGCAUACAGCCACAUAUUCAUUGCAAGUUCCUGAUGUCAAUCUGGGACCAUUAUCAAUUUUCUAAAAUUAUGAAAAAUCAUGUUUUUUCUUGAGAAGGGUACCACCCCUGCCACCCCCUAGACUAGUAUUGAAGGAAAGACAAAUUGAAAAGGCAGAAUGACAGAUGCCAAUUUACUUGAGUAUCUUUUUUUUACAUCUUGUUCUUAUUAUUCAUUGAUAUUUAUUUUCCUUGGGGAGAAAAGUGACUCCUUUAAUUCUGAAUAUAGUGCAGAGUAAUGUGUAACAAGCAGAGGAUGAGGCACAAGUCAGAAGUAUAAAGUACAGCACAAAGGUAGUGAUCAAGAUUGCUAUUUCGCAAGGUCUAGUUAAUUAUUUCACCGAUGUUCUAUUUUCAAAUCUGCUCUUGCUUUAUUUGUGCUGUACAUUGUACUGCCCCUUUGUUAUGUCUAACUUUCAUUCAUUUAAGCAUCAUACUCUGUCAAGUGCACAUUUUAAAGUCUUAAAAUGUCUUGAUUCUGCACUGUUUUCUAUUGUGUUUAACACAAUCAUUCCAUCUACUACUACAUUGUUAAAGGGGUACAAAAUUCACCAAGCAAACUGAUGACAUUUUUAUUAAAAUCUGAUCACAAUUUUAGCAAUAAUUUGUGAUGAGUUAUAUGCACGCAGUUGUGAAUAUUUAUUGGGUUCACCAAUGCCCCCUCUUUCCUUUUUUAAUGUUGUUACAUUAUAAUGUAACUUAGUAUAAUAAUAUACAACAGAAUAAGUGGGGAUUAUGACAUCAUCAGCCUCCUCAUUGCAAAUUCAUACAGAAAAGUACGGAACUGUUUCACCAAAAUAAUGCAGAAGUAUAUGUCAUAACCUUGCUAUUCCUUGUCCAAUUUUGAUGAAAUUUUCAAUUUUUGUUUGUCUCCAGUCUGAAUGAUAACUUGCCAGUGAUAAAACGAGAAAAAAAACACCCAAAAUAAUUAUGAAUACAAAAACGCCUGAUUGCAUUUUUGCUAGGUAAUCAUAUUUCCUUUAAUCAAGUAACAAAAGUCUUGUU